AUGGGAAAUAGCGCCCUUGGUGGAAGUUUAUGCAAUGGCCUGAAUUUUCCAUACCAAGUAAUGCUAGGAAGGUAUGUAGCCAUUAAAAUAAUAAAGAUCAAAGAGAAAAAGUUAGAAGAUGAAGACGAGGAAGAAGAUGAGGAUGAAGAUGAAGUUGAAGAUGAGAAAAAGAUAGAAGAUGAAGAUGAAGAUGAAGAAGAAGAAGAAGAAGAAGGAGAUGAUGAUGAUGAUGAUGAUGAUGAUGAGAUACCAAAUAACUUAACUAAGGUAACAUACACAGUAAACAAUCGGUCAAGAUGUGAACUCGAGUUUAGGAUUAGUGAUAAUCUCAAGACUACAUCAUUCACUCUAGGUGAUACUAAUAAAACCUCAGUUUUAAAGAUUCAUUUUAUAAUUAGAAAAGUUGAAUCCAGUUACCUUGAAGUAGCUCGCUUUGCCCCAAAGUUCGACCAUUUAAGGAAAGAUAGACACUUUGAUCUUUUCCUGUUCGAAUCAACUUGUGACUCGAGCAUGUCCAAUAAGGAAUGCCGUGGUUUUACUGAAACAAGUUUUCUCACCUACGAGACUGAAAGGAUACAAGGAGGUCUUGUUGUCGUGGAGCGAAAGAAAAAGAGUAAAGACAAAAAGCCAUUUAUGGUGACUAUUUCACACUACUAUUAUGUUCGUGAACUUCAUAUAAAAAAUUUAACGAUUGACAUUGGCCUUUCUAUUAUAGUAAAGGUUGAAUCAUUGAAAAAUGGGGGUUUGUAUUGUACGAUGGAUGGUCCUACGCAACAUCCGCCUGCAGCAUUGCUUUAUAUGAUUGACCAAGUUGCAAAAACUGGAAUUUGGAGUCCUACGACUUGUCCUCAUUGUGCCACUCUUGAAGAGCAACAAUCUUCAAGAGCAAAAGGAUCAUUUAGUAGAAGGGGUAUUAAUAAUGACGGAACUUUUAAGGGUAAUGGUAGCGGCAAUAUGAUCCAGGGAGACUUUAACCAAUUUACUAUAUAUAGAAAAUGA